UUCAAUAUAUUGUAGUUGGUUCAAUUGUAAGUUUGAGAAUGAAAACAAGGAAAAGACUCCCCAUUUAAAGUAGCAUUAACCACCUUAAACGCUCCAUUUCAAAUCUCUCUCUCUCUCUCUCUCAAACGAACUGCAUUCCAUCGGUGAAAAUUGAGAUCGAGAAUGGGUCGCGGCGUGAGUGCUGGCGGAGGCCAGAGUUCUUUAGGCUAUCUUUUUGGCGGAGGAGAGGCGGCGGCACCACCUCCAACUACCGAACCUGAAUAUGCUGCUGCAGAUGCUGAUAAAAAUAAAUUAGAGACUCAUCCAACUGCAACUGCAACCACAACCACCACCAAUUCUGCCACAAACAAUUACCAUCGAUCGGAUGGCCAAAACUGCGGCAAUUUCAUAACGGAUCGACCAUCCACCAAGGUCCACGCUGAACCUGGCGGCGGCUCCUCCCUCAAUUAUCUAUUUGGUGACGCCAAGAAGUGAAACUGCCUCACUUGUUUUCAUUGCUUGCUUGCUUUUAUGUCGCUUUAGGGACACUUCAUUACAACUUCAAAAAUUAUAAGUGUAUUUUUAUCUGUUUAGUAAUAUUUUUAAAUAAAAAGGAACUUGUUACAAUGUACGGGAUUUUUUUGUUUUUGUUUU